AACCAAAAUGCAAGCAAAACCAGGAGUAAACGGGGUGUUUCGGUGUAGAAGAGUGUCUCGCCAUCCCCCAUCCCCAAAGAUGUAAGGCGCUGAGUGAAGCCUCUUGCAAGUGAUAAACAGAAGCUGCCACACUCUAAACGUCUCUCACGCUGCCUCCUGUCCAGGCGUCAGAGACAGAUGGACCGGGAGGGUCCAUGUGCCUCACACAUUUCCAUUUUUGACCGUGCCUGCAGCGGUCCUCCCAAAAUAACCCCCAUUCCUUACGACCUUAUAUGUGCAAGGCCUCAGUUAGAUUACAGUCUGGGGGAGAAGCAGCAAUCCAGGCCACACAAGACUCGUCGUUGUCCCGUUGCUUUGUGGUUGUUAGCAGGCCUGUUAGUGUCUUCAGUCUUGCUAUGCAUCUCACAGAACUAGAUCAGGAGUGUUUGCUACACCUUUUUUCGUACCUAGACAAGGACAGUCGCCGCAGCCUGUCCCUGACUUGCGUACGACUAAGACAGGUCUUCCUGGACCCGCGACUGUGGACGCUACUUCACUUCAGGUCUCCAUGCGAGUUAAGGAGGGACAACUUUGUUCUGAGCUCUUCGCUGAGGUACCUGGCUGUAUGCUGGCACUCGAGCAGGGUCAAGGUGUGCAACAUCGAGGACUGGAUGAAGACCACGUUCCAGAGAGACCUCUGCAGAAAGCACGAGAGCCUCGUCAGUGACUUCCUGGAGCGGGUUUGCCACAUGUGUCCGAAUCUAGUCUCGCUGACUCUGUCUGGAUGCGGACACAUUACGGAUCACAAUGUCAUCGACGUGCUACAAAGCUGCAGGAGGCUAGAUAGCCUUAGUCUAGAAAACUGCGCUCGGCUGACUGACUCCGUCCUCCAGGCUGUGGUGGACCACGGUAAAAGUCUCACAGAGGUGAGGGUGGACUUCUGCCGGAACGUGACCCAGGCAGGGCUGCAGGACGUCAGAGACAAGAGACCAGAAGUCCAGCUGAGCGCAUUACACAGCGCAGAUAUGAUUCCAGACAGCAAGCCUGAGGAGAAAACGCAGAUCAGGAGAGCUCUGCAGAAGUUCUUGAUCUUCUCCUGACAGAAGCUACCUAGAGACUUCAU